ACAACCAUUGUGUUGUAGACGAUGUCUCUUCCUAAACGGGAGGUGGAGGAGCUGCGGCCCUGGGUGGAACGGACCGUGAAGAAGGUGCUGGGUUUCUCUGAGCCUACWGUCGUCACUGCGGCCCUGCACUGUGUAGGCAAGGGCCUGGACAAGAGGAAGACCACAGACCAGCUGCGUCCAUUCCUGGAUGAGUCUGCCGGUGGGUUCGUGGAGAGACUAUUUGAGGCCCUGGAGGAGAGCCGCAAUUCCCGUGGGAACAAGGGUGCUGGGGAGAGGAACCGCAAGAGAGACCUGAAGGAUGUCUUUGGUGAUGAGGUGGAAGUGGGUGCGAGGCGGGACGUCYCUGAGGCAGGAGAUGGUGUGCCGGUGAAGAGGAAACGUGUCCCCCGCUUCGAGGAGGUGGAGGAACCAGAGGUCCUACCUGCACCCCCUACUGAGAGCCCUGGCAUGCUCACUAAGAUACAGAUCAAACAGAUGAUGGAGGCUGCCACCAGACAGAUAGAGGAGAGGAAGAAACAGCUGAGCUUCGUCCCAGUGUCUUCCCAGCAGAGGCUGCCCCUGCCCACUCCCCAGCCAGACCCUCCUUUUGCCUCUCGUYUUCUCCCUGCUYCCUCUGCCCCCUCCUCGGGCUCGGCCCAGUCCAUCGCUCCCUCCCAGGCAGCUACUUUCAUGAACGAUGCCAUCGAGAAGGCUAGGAAGGCUGCAGAGCUGCAGGCCCGCAUCCAGUCGCAGUUAGCCAUGAAGCCUGGUAUACUGGGAGCCAUUGGGAACACUGGAGGACCUCAUAACCUGGUGGCGCUGGCCAACCUACACGCCAUGGGGAUAGCACCACCGAAGGUGGCGGAGGCCCGUGAGUCAAACAAGCCGGCCCCUCUGAUUCUGGAUGAUAUGGGUCGGACCGUGGAUGCCAGCGGCAACGAGGUGGAGCUAACACACCGCAUGCCCACGCUCAAAGCUAAUAUCCGUGCGGUGAAAAGGGAGCAGUUCCGUCAGCUGCCUUGGCCCAAGUUGGAGAAGCUGCUGACGAGAGGAUCGACCAGGCCCAAGAACAGACUGAGGAUCCAGGAGCCUCCACAAGCUUGGCCCUCUUGUGCCCCCAAGAAGAUUGAGCUGGGGACGUGCAGAUUACCACAGUAUUACCAACCAUUUGUGCGUGAUGAGGUUUUGGCAGUCACAAACCAUGCGUGGAGCCCGCCCGUCAGAAUCAGCCCCCCAGUGUUGGUCUCCCUCUCUCCAGUGGACACAGACAAGCCAGGAGUGACUCUGGGAGUGUACCUGACUAAGAAGGAACAGAAGAAGCUGAGGAGACAGACUCGCAGGGAGGGACAGAAAGAGCUACAGGAGAAGGUCCGACUGGGGCUCAUGCCCCCCCCAGAACCUAAAGUGCGCAUCUCUAACCUGAUGAGAGUGCURGGUACGGAGGCAGUACAGGAUCCCACUAAGGUAGAGGCCCACGUCAGAGCACAGAUGGCCAAGAGACAGAAGGCCCAUGAGGAGGCCAAUGCAGCCCGGAAGCUCACAACCGAGCAGAGAAAAGAGAAGAAGGUGAAGAAGCUGAAAGAGGACCUGAGUCUUGGAGUUCACAUCGCAGUCUAUAGGAUCCGUAACCUCCACAACCCGGCUAAGAAGUUUAAGGUGGAAGCUAACGCCAACCAGCUGUACCUGACGGGCACCGUGGUGCUACACCGAGACGUCAACAUGGUGGUGGUGGAGGGAGGUCCCAAAGCCCAGAAGAAGUUCAAGAGGCUCAUGUUGAGCAGAAUCAAAUGGGAAGAACACAACUCCAAGAGAGAUGAUCCAGAUGCAGACGAUGAGACCAAGAAGAACAACAGAUGCAGCCUGGUCUGGGAGGGCACGGCUAAGGAGCGUAACUACGGGGAGAUUAAGUUUAAGCAGUGUCCUACAGAGAACAUGGCUAGAGAACACUUUAAGAAGCACGGAACAGAACACUACUGGGACCUGGCUCUGAGCCAGAGCGUGCUGGAGAGCACUGAUGACUGAAGGGAAGAGCAUCACUAGAGCUGAGGAGGCAGAAGGAUCCCUUACCACUGACCCAGGGUCCGAUAGUUGUUCAUCCUCAUAAUGGUUAGGAGUUAUCUGAUCCUGGAUCAGUGGUGAAGCGCAUUGUUACCUCGUUCACCAGAGACAUGCAAAGGUCAGGGGUGAUUGUACCCCUCUUACAGAUACAUUCACAACCCCAACCCAGCCUUGUAUGGCUGACUGCCUGCCUGUUAUUGUGUGGUGACUUGACUUAAGACAGGGAGGGAGAUGGAUUGGGAGUGAAUGAAUGAAAGGAAGUGCUGGUUAGAGAAUGGAUGAGGGCGAGGGCGUAGAUUAGGAGGGAUAUAUGGUGUGUAUAGAUAUUGAGCACUGAUAUUGUACACUGUUCUGCAAUCACAUUUUGUGGAAGAGUUGAUAACUGUGAGACCAUCUUUCUAGUAGUUAGGAUGUCAUUCAGGCUGUCAGUUGCUGUGUGUCAGUGUUUAAUACUAUGUCUGACAUCUCUCCACUGUGUGAGUGUUCUAUAGCUUGCUAUUGGCUUCUCAACCUGACUACAGUUCCUGAGUGUAAGCCCAGCUGUGGUCCAAAU